CCCCAACAAAAACGCAUCUAUGUAUAUGUGUGUGUGCAAGCCGUGGCACGCAUCGGUAUCGGCAUCGGCACGUACGUACUCGCAAUAUAGGUACGACGACCGCGAAGCAAAAAAAGAAAAGGCAUCUAAGCCGCCUCCUUUCGAAACGUCCUCGGAGCCUCCACGAGAAGCAGCGACAUCCAACCAUACCAACAAUCCAACAAUCCAAAGACCAAAAAUCGAAACGACAAACGCGUCGAGUCAUUGAAUAAGGUGUAUAGUACCAACCGAAAAUAGGCAUCCUGUCGAUCCUAUCGUAGUAAGCGUAUGUAUCAAAGCAGCCAAAGCAGGCAGGACACGACGAGCGAGCGAGCGAGCUCGACGCGCCGCCGCCGCCGAGUCGUGUAUGUAUCGUAAAUACCAUCCGCAUCCGCAUCCGCAUCCGAGACCUGGCCGAAAACAGUCCUCUGACGACUGGCACCGGCGGGUGUGUCCAGAAGUAAUUAGGGGGUGGGGGGGCAAGGAGGAAGGAGGAAAGAAAAGGGGUGGGGGG